CACCCAUGGCAUGGCGCGCGCUGGCCACAUGGCAGAGUAGAAUUUUUGGCCGUACAAUUUUGUGAUUUUAUAACAAGCUAACGGUUCACAUUGGCACGGAAGUACGUCUACGUAUUCCAACAUAUAUUAUGCGCACACUGGCAUACUAAAAACGCAAAUAAAUGGCGUAAAAUGUGCGGAAUUUUGUUUGAUUUUGAGAGAGACUCACUUCUACAACGCCAAUGGAGAUUUGUCCCAGGGAAAAAGGAAGAACCUGGGUCACGUGGUUCUAACUACAACUUUCCCGGAUGUUUACCUCUGACCUACAGGAUGUUAACUUUUCACCUCUGACCUCCAUGACCAGAGUACUGAAGAAAGUGGUCAGUGGAUGUGUGUUUGAAGUGUUUUCUCCGUUAUAUCUACAGAAAAUGCCGCUUGUUGUGGAUGACACCCAAGUAGGAAACGUCGACAGUGUGAAGAGCUUGCUUGUCAAGUUUCCACACUUAAAGGAGUCUGCAGCAGACCUGUGCAGCCAGCCUGUGAGAACGCUCGGUACAGACCGAGUCCUGUAUGUCAACCAGAGAGAGUAUGCAGCUACAGGGCCAUCUGAUGAUGUUGUACAGUUCAUAGGUUCAGAAGAUGCCACGACAUGUCACAUAGCUGUCCUCAGGCACACAGGUUGUGGUGUUUCCUGUGUGGCACACUUUGAUGGAACUGGCACCAGGGAAGGGAUCAGGGGCAUGAUGGGAUAUGUGGGGGAGCUCAGUCAUAACUGCACAGAGGGAAGGUUGGAGCUGCAUCUAGUUGGAGGGUUCUGUGAUGACAGAUGUAUGUCUGAACAGCUUACAGUGGAGCUGAUAGAGGAGUUUAACAGAGUAAAAGACAACAUUUACCUAAAGACAGCCUGUGUCUCAGAACUGAAUAAUGUGGUGAAAGGCAAAGUCCACUGGCCAAUCAUUUAUGGUCUUGCUGUGGAUGUCAGAAGUGGUGAGAUAUUUCCAGCCAAGUUCACCGACAAAGGACCAGACCAGGCUCUGAGACAUGCGAGGAGCUACACAGGCAAGCACGAGAUGCUGAACAUCUAUGACCCCACAAAACAAGAGUUGAACAUCGGGCCGUUCCAGUACAGACAGUUCCAUGAUGCACACUCAUGGCUGGAGCAGCCUGACCACAUCAUUCUCAAGUACUUGUCCACAUCACCACUGGUAGAACCUCCAGACUUCGUAGAGAACACUAGAGCAGCUCUGAAGUUCCUGUUGGAACAUCCCCACCCAGGGGAGACUGUCUUCCCCGGGGGGAGGGGCAAGGUGUACAGGAGAAACACUGCCGGACAGUGGGAACUGGCACAGGACUCAUAGGUCCUAGGAUCUGUACUUGUACUACUUAGUUGAGAUAAAAAUGCUGGCAUUUUGGGAAUGAGUUCUAUUAUGAAGAAAUAAUUUCAUGGUGUAUGGAAAAUGCCUUACCCUUGAAUUUUCAAAGCAAAGGAUACUCAU